GGAAACAAGGACAGACAAACACAGUUGGGUCACUGCUUCUGCUAACACUGCAGAGUCCACUCUCUCUAUAAAAAGGCAAGGCUGCUGAGUCAAAAGCCUCACAGACGCCGUGGGAGCAGUCUGUGACAGACACCUCUGCAACACCUCUCUCAAAGCCUCCAGGAAGAAGACAACAUGAAGCUUGCUCUCCAAGCUGCGCUGUUCACUGGGCUUCUGGGUAAGUGAAUGCAGGCUUGCAGAAAGGGACAAGUCAAAGGCACUUCAAGGCUGCAAGGUGGAAUUAGAGUCUGUGCUCAGACAAUGGCAAUCCUUUAAAAAUCAUGCUGCUUUAAUUUCUGCCAUUCCUUGCCUUUUAAGAAAUAGGGUUGUAAGCCUUUCAAAUAUUUUCCUUAUGGAAAACAACAAAGUCCUAGUUUGGGAUGGCAGAAAGUCUCACUGGUUUGCAGCAGUUCCUGCCUUUUGUUGAGGUCUCAGUCCAGGAGCCCUGCUGAGCUGAAUGCUUCUGCUAUCUUCUGUCAUGCCCUCACCAUAUAUUGAAAGCGCAUGGCUUCCCCCAAAGAGUCCUGGGAACUGGAGUUUGUUAAGGGUGCUGGGGAUUAUAGCUGUGUGAAAGGCAGGGCUUUUUUCAGCUGGAACUCAUCAGAACUCAGUUCUGGCACCUCUCAGGUGGGCACCACUAUCAUUAUAAGAAAACAAGGUAAGUUCAUGGUGAGUUCUGGCACCUCUUUUUCUAUGAAAAGUAACACUGAUUAAAGGUAAACUACAUUCCCCAUGAUCUUGGGUGAGAGGGAAGCCAUGUAAUUUCAAUGUAUAGUGUGGGUCUGAACUUUAAGUGAUUAAGCUUCCAUUUAUGCACACAGUGAACUGUCAACCAGAAUAUCUUUCUUAGAGAUUGAAACAGUGCUUAACUAUAACUAUAUAGUUAUGUAAGCUUAGGUACAGUGAACAGCAAGAUAGGGUUUAAGGACUAAUAUUUGAGGUAUGCAACUCUACCUUCUGGAAAGGGCACCAGUACCAUUAUUAAUCCCAUAAUGGUGAUGUGCUUUGACCAGGAUAGGGAGGCAGAAUUGCAUAUUCCUCUGUGAAACGGUUCAGAAACCCACAUUUGCAAAGUGUAUGUAGGAUAAAGGGCAUUUGUUGGGGGGAUUUGGGGAGGACGGUAUGGUGGUUAAAUCCUCUUGUGCUUCCCCUUCCCCCACUAUAUUUCUUCCCAACUGUUUUCCAGCUGCAGAAAGAUAGAUGUAGAAACAGCUUGAGGGAGAUGUGGUCAGGGAAAGAGUUUAACACCCUCCUCCUGGCAGCUGAUUCCCUCCUGAAAAUCUCCCCAAACUGGGAGCCCCAUGUUUGCAUGUAAUCUAUGUUUUCGUAACCGCACCAUUGCAUCUAAAGCACAUCCAACACACAUCUUCACCUCAAAGAAUCCUGGGAGCUGUGGUUUCUUAUUCACAAAGCUGCAAUACCCAGCACCCUUAAGAGACCACUGCUCCCAGAAUUCUUUCCCAGGAUUCUCGGGGAUUGAACAUGGGGUGCCUUGUGUGCAGAGCAAGUGCCCUACCACUGAGCUAUUGCCCUUCUUCUAAUUAGGGCUAGACUCAAAUCAACUGGAAUUAAGCUACAAUGAAUAGGGCUGUGUUAAUUGCAUGAGUGCAAUUAAAGCGUCUGGUGUUGGGAGGAAGCAACAGUUAGGAUUGGUACUGUGGGGGGUAGGGAUGGAUGGAUGUGUUCUUUACCCAUUCACCUCCCAUUAUGUGCUCCCAAUGAACCUCUCUCCCCAGCACAUUACUUUCAGUACAUAAGGGAAUCUUCCCCUGGUGUUUAAUAUGUGUCCAGGUUUUGGUGGUAGCAGGAUUUUAUUCCUGAAGCACGAACAUGUCUUGGGAUGACUGCGUGCGAAAACACCCUACUAGAAUAGUUAACCAACAAACUUAAAUUAGCACAGGGUCAAGCAAAGGAGGAUGCCUUCACCCCGUGUGGUUCCCUUUUAUCACAUACGCAGCUUAUAGCUUCUUGAGCAUGUGUGGCUGAGAGUGUGAAAGCAAUCUCUCCAGACUCUUUCGAUCUAGAAUGUGAUAGCUCUGGCUUGACUUGUGACAGCACAGCUGGCAUUCAUCACAGACUGAAUAAAAAUCUCAGCUACCAUGGACUGAAAUAAUUCAUUGCCUUUAAGUACUGCAACAUCAGACUAAAUGAAGAGCGUUGCGUUCCUCUAAACAGCAGAGUGUCUUGGGGCCAGUAUGUGUCUGCUCAGUGUGAUGCAGUGCAAGACCUGGAGUUAGGCUCUUGUGUGUAGGUUAAGCAACAGAGUUCUGAUGGACAGAAUCUGUAGAGAUGCACUGAAAAACAUGCAGCUUUGAGAAAAUCUCAUUUACAUGGACAACAAGGAAACAGCAAUUCAAGGAUGUGUACCUUAUGUAGGCAUCUAGGAGCAGUUCCAGAUCUUCAGGAUUCUGUCUUGAUAGUCAAGGUUAGUUUAAUACAGCCUUCCACAAUGUGGUACCUAACAGAUGAUAUGGGCUACAGCUCCCAUCAUCCCUGACCAGUGGACAUGUUGACUGGGCCUGAUGAAUAUUGCAGUGCAAACCAUCUGGUUGGGGAAGGUUGGUGAGCAAAUCUUCUUACCCUGAUCCUAGUAUUAGACAAUGGCACAGAUGGGAAGAAAAUCCCAUACAUCUGGGGAGGUGGACUUCAGACAAGGCAGCGUUAUCAUCAUUCAUGGCCCAUGAUAUCACAACACUUCCCCUCCUUUAUUUUCUUCACAGCAUCGUGUUUUGCAACGUCCGGGGUAAGAUGGUGUACAACAUCAACGGCUGAGCAGAACAAGUGUCAAAGACUGCAGGAAUGCUUAAGUACCUCCCAGCAACCUGCAUCUUUCCCACAAUUCAGCUGUGUGAAGAAGAGCAGUCCCCAUGACUGCAUCAGUGCCAUUGCGGUAAGUGAUUAGUGGAAGCUGGACCCAAACACCGGGGGAAUUCGGUGUGCAAGACAAACCAAACUUUUGAGGGUGGGUCUGUCAACUCUGCAGAAAAUGGUUUGUUUCAAAGAUCCUAGUUCCCUGGUUAGGGUCAGAAGCAGGAGCUAGGAGCGGCCCAUGAGACAGAACUGGGUGGUCUAGGGACAGAUGUUGGAAAGUUCUGUCUGAUCACAGAAGUGGCUGGCAGAAUCCCUGGGGUCAUGGAACCUGGGAGGAAUCAAUGGUAAAACAGUCUUUGCCUGUAUACUCCCUUUUCAGACUCCAGUAUGGGUUAUUUGCCAGAAAAUGGUUUUAGUGGUUAAAACAGUAAUCACUUUAUUAUGGGGCCAUAGAUCCAAAGAGGUUAAAACAAAGCAUUGUCCUGGAGGCAACCUAAAGCAAAAUCCCAGGCAACUAGAACACUAAAGGAAGUCCCUUCUUGAUCCCCUGGGCUAAAUUAUCAGUUUAAGAUUGCUCUAUACCUCCUUUCUGACUCUGGCACUGUGAAAAAAGAGAAGAGAGCUCAGUUAAUUUGUGGGUCCAUCCGUCACUGAGUGGUAUAAUAGUCUUUCUAGCUCCUUUCAUUCCUGUCACUUCUUCCCAUUUGUGUUUUCUUCUUCCCAUUUGUCUACUCAUGUGUUUUCAGGCCUCCGAGGCAGAUGCUGUCAGCCUGGAUGGUGGUCUCAUUUAUGAUGCAGGCUUGGCCCCGUAUAACUUGAAGCCGGUUGUAUCUGAAGUUUAUGGCACAAGUACAGGAGGUAAAUUUCAACAGGGCUGAUUUUGAGAAUUCUGUUGUGCUCUGUGUUGUGGCAAGGCCCAAGCUGGGAUAAGGGUUCAGGUGUUGCUGCAAUAUGCUGCUUUGCUUAAAGCCCAGCCUGCUUAAAGCCCACUCCCAGAGGAGUAGUUAAGCCCCAGAUCUUCCUGGGCCUACUGCAACGGAGUCCUCUGAGUUAGAGGUUAGAGACCCAUCAGGUCCAUCUGAGAGUGCUUCUGGAGUAGGCCUUACAUGCCCAUGGAGUGUAGGCCUGGAGCCAGUGGCUUCAAGUUACAAGAAAGGAGAAUCUGACUAAACACCAGGAAGAACUUUCUGACAGUAAGAGCUGUUCAACAGUGGAACGGACUCCCUUGGUUUGUGGUGGACUCUCCCAGAUCUUAUUCCAUCGCUCUAACCACUACACCACACUGACUCUCUAGUGCUAGGAGUGGAAGAAUCUGUCAGUUUGGGUUUCUUCCAGUUUUUCAUUUUUCCAUUAUUAAAUUCAGCUCUCCACAUUUCUGCAUCAGAUUAGAUAUUUUUUUUAAGUCCUCAUGAAAGUUCAUCAAGCUUCUUGAGUGCAUUUCUCCUAACAUACAGAUUUUUGUAUGCAGUUUUGCUGAAUUUGCAAGCCAUAUCCUGUAAUAAUACACUCUAGUGAGCUGUUCUUAAACUUAGUAGACAAGAGUCAUUAGGAGAAGGUCUCCAGACUAGGGAAGAAGUAGGAAAGUUCUUCAGGAAGAACUUUCUGACAGUAAGAGCUGUUCAACGGACUCCCUCGGAUUGUGUUCGUCUCUCCUUCCUUGGAGGUUUUUCAGCAUAGGUUGGAUGGUCAUCUGUCAUGGAUGCUUUAGUUGCGAUUCCUGCAUUGCAGGGGGUUGAACCCUUCCAACUCUACAAUUCUAUUAUUCUUCAUUGCCGCACAGGUCACAAUAUGCCCUCUCUCUUUCUCCCUGCCAGGAGAAUCUGUUACCAGUUACUACGCUGUGGCCGUUGUGAAGAAAAAUACCGUUCAGUCACUUGCUGAGCUCCGAGGGAAGAAAUCUUGCCACACUGGCUUGGGCAGAUCUGCAGGCUGGGUUAUGCCAGUGGGGCGGUUGUUGAAUCUUGGUCUUAUAGAAUGGGCUGGAGCAGAAACAGAACCUAUAGAAAAAGGUAAGAAGCAGAGUGAUGAAAGCCACAAGAUUGAUGUGGAUGGAGCGAGAACGGGCAGGAAGGUUCACCUGACCUUUGUUGAAUAGAUUACUUUCCAGCCACACAGAAGUCAGAGAUUUCUUUCCAUCCUCCAUUCAGAGAAACAAGAGGUGUUAUCAUAGUUCAGAGACACAUUCUAGCCAAGGAAAAGCACUCACAGGGUGCAGAGCAGGGCUGGUCAGGGUGGUGGUGGCCUGAGGAGUGUCCUGAUAGAGAGGUUCCCCAUCCCUGGUGUACACCCUCUGGGAAUUUUGGCAUUCUACCCUUUACUAAAGUGGAAUGGUGACCCAGCACAUGUUUUACAUAUAGCCACUCUUCAUAGGUACCAGGUAUAAAAUCCAGGGUUAAUGCAACACAUUUUAUUUACCCAAGUGGCUGCAGAGCAUGAUCUGAGAAGUGUGUCCUGGUAUCCUGUGUAUGUGUGUGCUUGUGUGAAUUUGUGUGUGUGUGUGCGCGUGCAUAAGAGAGAAUGGAGGAGGCUAACUCCUGUUUUGUUUAGGCCACACCCACCUUUUGUUUUGGCACAUGGCCCCCAGAAGGCAAGCUGAGACAGAAUGUGGUCCUUGACUGAAAGAGGUUUUCCCAGCCCUACCUUGCCGAUAUAACAUUGCAGAAGCUUCUGGGAUGUCUAUCACAAGUUGUAUGCCUCUGCAGUUGCUGAAACAGCAUAUGGUCUGAGAUUUGUUUUCUGGGACAUCACAGAACAGGGUUGGAGAACCUUUAGCCCUCCAGAUGUUGCUGAACUACAACUUCCCUCAGCCCAAGCAAGCAUGGCCAAUGGUCAGGGAUGAUGGGAGUUUAGCAGCAUCUGGAAGGCCCAAGGUUCAUCACCCCUGUCACAGAAACUCCUUGGACUUUGUGUUCCACCUGCUUUCUACCAAGAGGCGAGUGCUGUCCUUGACAAUAAUUGGCGUUCUAAGGCCAUGACUGAGACGUUUGUGUGGCUGACCUAUCCCUGAUGCAAACUAAUAGGUGAAUGCUAUUUAGAAGAAAGGACCUGCCAAUGCCUUGCCUGUGUGGUCUUCUUUUACAGCUGUAGCCAAGUUUUUCUCAGGCUCCUGUGUCCCAGGUUGCAAAAAUGAACCAAAUCUGUGCCGCCUUUGUGCUGGAAAAGGUGAUGAAAAAUGCAGCCGGAACGACCCCUACGCUGGAUAUUCAGGGGCUUUCCAGUAAGUAACAUGCAUUUUCCAUUUGGUUUCUUUUUUUGGGGGGGGGAGGUAUCAUAGCCCUAGGAAAUUCAGGUGCUUCAUAACCAAAAUAGGAAAAGGAGGAGUUUGUUCUGAAAGGCAGAACACAAUUUUUGAACACUGGAAACAUGCAACCUGAGAGUCUUUCUGGACAAUCAAAGGACUGAUGGUACACUACCCAUUUCCUUGAACAGCAAGAGAUCCUAAGAGCAUCGAUACCUUCUUUUGGCAGAGAUGGGUGUUUUUGUAAUAUUUGGUUUAUUUAGAAACAUACAAGUAGAGCUAGACAUGUUUCUGUUGUGCAGUGGAUUCUCUACCCUGCAUCAGAUGAGAGGCUGCCUAUACACAGAUGAUGCCUUCAGCUUCCUGGAAACUCUGUUUUAAAUGGUAGUUAGCAAUUAUGCCAGGGCUUCUUGUUCUUGUAGUUGUUGUUUCAUGCUAGGCCCAUGAAGGAGGGAGUGUUCUUCAGGACUAUAGUACACGGGGAUUUGAAUUUUAACACUUUCUUCCCUAGCCAUGAUUUUGACAAAAAUCAAAACCUCUGCAACAUGUCUUUUAGGGUUAAAAACAAAACUUUACCCAGAUGUACACUCCAGUGCAGGAGAGGUGGAACUCUACAAAGGAAUAAAAACAAUCCACUCUCCUAACAGUGAAAAACAAACCAGAAUGUUUCCGAAACAGCUAGACAUUGCUGCGGGUGGGCUAGCUUAGCUGCCAUUUUCCACAUAAGUAAAGACAUUUUUUAAUAAUGAAGGAAAACAAAGUUUCACAUAAUGGUGCAAGCAUGGACAGGAAAUUAUAUCCAACAGAUGUCAGGAACAUUUUCAGAACAUGUGACAUUUAUACUGUACUGCCAUCACAAUAGCAACAUUGCUCUUCUGUGUGUGGAUGCAUCUGCAAGUCAUUGCAGAAGUGCAGAAAGAGAUGGAGAUUAUUUAUUUUUGCACAAUAAAUGCACAAACGACUGAGUGUGUGGAAGUCUCCCAGUAGUUUCUGUGGCACACAACUAUGUGGCAAGCAUUAAAAUGUCCUCAAAGUCUUGUAUAUUCUGGUUACCAUGGGUAGCAAGAAACUGGUCUACAUGGCAAUGUAAAGUUCUACCAUCAGGUUGUGGAAGAAUGAAUUUUUAUUGUCAAUUUCCACUGAGAUAGUCAUUUCAAUCUGUUCCAGAAAACAUGAUAAAAAAAACUUGUGGCACCCUAAGAACUGCAGACUCAUUGUGACAUAAGCUUUUGAUGAGUACGAUUCCAGAUCAUAAAGCCCACAAAAGCUUAAAUCAUAAUACAUUUGUUAGCCUUUAAAGUACUACCUGACUCUUUGUUGUUUAUAUUAUGAGUUUUUGCUAUGAUUUCUGUUUUGGAGCACUCAACUUGCAAUGUCUGAUUUCCUCUCUAUUCCCUCACGAUAAGUCUUUCCUUUCCGGAAGAAAGUUUUUCUGGAACUAUCAAAGUCUCACCUUACCUAUUCUUCCACACUCUUACUACUCAUUUGCGCUUCAAGACCCCCAAUCCACCCCUAGGAGAAUAAAGACAAGGACACAUAAUUUAGGUUAAUGGGCAAAAUUUAGGCCACAACUUUAUUGGUUACAGAAUGUGAGUGGUAUUGGCUUAGGCAUUGGCAUCAACAGACUAUAUCUGACUCCUGCCCGCCUUGCAGGAAGUCUGGAAGGGUAAACCACCAGUAGGGGGAGCCCUGCCAAUGAGGAUCAACUCGAGCCCCCCCGGGUUCCUGCUGGGGUCGUGGCAUGGCCCUAGCCCCUCCACGGGCUUCGGGCAAGAUCCACACCACCAGAUUCCUUUAAUAGAAUACCCUUAUGCAUGGAGGGGCAGGUGAUGGCUGCACCUCUCCUCCUCCCCACAUUGCUAUUCCAAUGCCUAGCCACCAAACCUUACAAAGUUGUGAUGAUUGCUACGAGGUAGGCGAAAACCAAGUGGCUGGUGCCAAUCUGCCAAGUGGAAAAAGUCCUACCAGGCCCCUCAACGGCGACCAACCGAAGUCCAUAGCAAGGCCAGCGACCCUACCUAAAAGAGGGUGGGAGGGCAAGAGAUCCGUGGUGCGAGGCUGAAAGAGGAGCUUCCAGAGUUUAAAUUAGCACCGGCCACACCCCCACAGCGCCCUGAUUGGCCGCCUGGCAAAUGGCAUGGCCGGGUCACCCUCAGUGUGACGCAGAACACUACCCCGCGCUACGCUGAGGCGGGUGGUGGCCCAAGCGCAACCCAGUCCCACUCAGAAGCGGAACCAAUUUCUUGUGCUUGGUCAUUCCUGAGACCACCCAUGUUUUAUCUAUGUAUUAUGAUUUUUAAGUUCUUUAGUUAUGGACUGUAUGACUUCUGUGUUCUGCUGGCACUGAAGAAAAUAAAGAAUAGUAGUUCGUAUGCUCAGGAUCUGUAAUUCCUUUCUGCUUCUUUGAACACGCAGAAGGUUGGUGUAAGGACCCAAAAAUUCAGUUGUUCUAAUAUUUCUUCCUCUGCUUGUUCUUCUAGAUGUCUGAAAGACGGAGCUGGAGAUGUGGCCUUUGUGAAAGACGCAACUGUACUAGGUAAGGACAGAGGGCAAGUUUAGCCCUUCACAUGUUGUUAGACUCCAGCUCCCAUCAGGCCCCUGCCAUCACUGCCUGAAGGUCAGGGAUGCUGGGGACUGUGGUCCACAAAACCUGGAAGGCACCACACUACUGCCCCAAAGUUCCUAGUAGAGCUCAACCCUCUGUGCAGACGGAAUUCACAUCUUUGAGUCAGUUUGUGUUGAGUUCCAUGGACUGAGUUGGUUUUAUGAAGGCUGACGAUAUGUGCAGAAACCUGUAUGGUUCAGCUUUUCCCACACUGUAGCAAGUGCCAAAAAAUGCACAACUUCAUUUGUGAAAAGGUCAUGCAAUUAGGCUGUUCCAGCACCUGGUUGACUUCAUUUAUUAUAUCCUAAGAUCAAACACCCUAUAUAGUACAGUAACCACUUGAGCAUUCCUUGGAAGGAACAUUGAAAGAUCUGCCUUAUGCUUAGCCAAACUACUGUUUCAGUGUUGUCUACACUGACUGCCGGUAGCUGUCCAGAGUUUCAGGAAGGAUUCUGCCCCAGCCUUACCCAGAAAUACUGGAGAUUGAACCUGAAACCUUUUGCCUGCAAAACAUGUACUCCACCGUUGAACUACAAUGCUUUCCUGCAGGAAAUUGUAACCACUGUAAACCUGGAUGGACUCUCAGUAUAUACAGGUGGAAUCAGUAUCAUGUAAUUGUGGAGUUUCACCUUCAUUGUUUUUCAUUAUUAGACAUCACAAAACUCUUAAUCUCAGAUUUGUGGGUUCAAGCCUCACGUUGAGCAAAAGAUUCCUGCAUUGCAGGGGGUUGGACUUGAUGGCCCUUGUGGUCCCUUCCAUCUCUACCAUUCUAUGAGUCUAUGGGCUUCUCAUUUCUCGGCUUUGGUAUUCUAGCAUUUCAGGGUGGAACCUAUCUUACAUACCUGGCUUUAAAUCUUGCUAUCAUUUUUCAUAGCCCUCAGUGCAGAAGAAAGGAACCAGUAUGAGCUGCUCUGUGAUGAUGGCAGUAGGAAGCCUAUUGAAAAGUAUAAGGAGUGUUCUCUGGCUAGAGUCCCUGCUCAUGCUGUGGUAGCACGGAGUACCGACAGUCGGGCAGAUGAGAUCUGGACGGUCCUCUCCAAAGCAAUGGUAUGUAUGUAUGUAUGUAUGUAUGUGUGUAUGUAUUUCAUAAAUUGUUUUCAAUGACGUAUCCCAAAGCAAUUUACAAUAUAGUGGCCGCUUAAAAACAGCAACACACAGUUAAAACAACUGCACAUAAGAUUUGUAAGACCUAUGGGGGACUUCCAAGCAUGCAAGUUUGUAAAUUAAGUAACGCACACACAUAGAGUGAUAUUGAAUGCUACUCCUACUCUCUAUAGACCCACUGAAAUGAAUGGACAGGACUAACUUUAGUUCAUUAAUUGCAGUGGGUUGGACUUAGUUGACUACAACCCAUAAUAAUGGAAACAUACACAAACAAGCCUGCUUUAGGGCUUACGAAAUGUUGAGGUCCUAGAAAUCCAAAGUAUAUAGAGCAACUUGUCCCUGGCCCAGCUGCUUCAGGUCAUGGUGGAUGUGCUCCUGGAGACACCUAGUUUGGUUGUCCUAGGGGACUUUAACAUCCAUGCUGACAUGACCUUACAAGGGGCCGCUCGGGACUUCGUGGAAAGCAUGGCCUCCAUGGGGCUGUCCCUGAAUAAGUUUGGCCCAACUCAUAGUCAUGGACAUGCCUUAGAGCUGAUGUUUACCUCUAUGGAUGUGGGUGAUCUGACAAUAAAAGCGAAACAAAAAGAAGUGCCAUGGUCGGAUCACUCCCUGGUGCAACUGGACUUUUCUGUGACCCUUCCUCUCUGCAGGCAGGUAGGAUCUAUUCGGAUGGUCUGCCCCCAGCACUUAAUGUAUCCAAAUGGUUUUCAGAGAGUGGUAGGGAAUAUUUUAUCCCAUGUUGAUGGCCUUUCAGCUGAUCCCCUGCUGGCCCGCUGGAAUGCGGAGUUAACCAGGGCUAUCGACUGUCUGGCUCUGAAGCGCCCUCUCUAAUUGCAUGGAGCCUGGACAGCCCCGUAGUUUCCCCUGGAGCUGAGGGUGAUAAAACAAUCACUGAGAAGCUAGAGUGCAGGUGGCAGAAAACACAUUCUGAAUCAGACCAGACAUAGGUUGGAGCUCAAUGUCGAGCCUACCAAGUGGCAAUAGCGACAGCGAAGAGGACUUUCUUUACUGCCUCUGUUGCAUCUGCAGAAAACAGCAGUAUGAGACUCUAUCAGGUGGUUCACAAUUUAACAGAACCACCUGCACCAUCGGGGCCUGCUAAGGACGCCAAAAUGAAGUUUUUUGCAGAUAAAGUCGCUCAGAUUCGGAAAGAGGUAGACUCUAAUGUGGGAGCAGGGCUGGGGCGGGAAAGUGCUAGAGUCCUGUCUAGUCAAGUUGCAUGGGAUCAAUUCCAAUCUGUUACCUCCAAGGAUGUGGACAGGCUGCUUGGACGCGUGAAACCAACCACCUGUCUCCUUGAUCCUUGCCCAUCCUGGCUAAUAAAAGCGAGCCGGGAAGGGCUGGGUGAUGGGCUCUGUGGGGUGGUGAAUGCUUCCCUCUGUGAGGGAGCUUUCCCAGACCCGCUGAAGGAGGCAGUUAUUAAACCGCUUCUUAAAAGAACAUCUUUGGACCUGGCCAAUAUGGCCAGCUAUCACCCAGUCUCAAAUUUUCAAUUCUUGGGCAAGAUGAUUGAGCAGGUGGUUGCUGAACAACUCUAGACACAUCUGGAGGAUGCGGACCAUUUGAAUCCCUUCCAGUUGGGAUUCAGGCCUCACCAUGGAACUGAAACUGCCUUGGUCGCGCUGGUUGAUGAUCUCCAACGGGCUAGGGACAAAGAUGAAAGCUGUUUCCUAGUUCUGCUGGAUCUCUCAGCGGCCUUUGAUACCAUCAACUAUGACAUCCUUCUGGACUGUCUAGAGGAGCUGGUAGCUGGGGGCACUGUUAUACAGUGGUUCUGCUGCUUCCUCCUGGGUCAUGUCCAGAAAGUGGUGUUGGGGGAUGUGUGUUCAGACCGUCACUUGUGGGGUGCCUCAGGAUUCCGUCCUCUCCUCCAGGCUUUUUAACAUCUAUAUGAAGCCGCUGGGAGAGAUCAUCAGGCGGUUUGGGCUGGGUGUUCAUCAGUAUUCGGAUACCCAGCUCUACCUCUCUAUCAAAUCAGAACCAGUGAAGGAGGUGAAGGUCUUGUGUGAGUGCCUGGAGGCAGUUGGAGGAUGGAUGGCGGCUAACAGAUUGAGGUUGAAUCCUGACAAGACAGAAGUACUGUUUUGGGGGGACAGGGGGCAACCAGGUGUGGAGGACACCCUGCUCCUGAACGGGGUAACUGUGCUCCUGAAAGACCAGGUGUGCAGCCUGGGAGUCAUUUUGGACUCACAGCUGUCCAUGGAGGUGCAGGUCAAUUCUGUGUCCAAGGCAGCUGUUUACCAGCUCCAUCUGGUAUGCAGGCUGAGACCCUACCUGCCCGCAGACUGUCUUGCCAGAGUGGUGCAUGCUCUAGUUAUCUCCCGCUCGGAUUACUGCAAUGCACUCUGCAUGGGGCUACCUUUGAAGAUGACCCGGAAACUACAACUAAUCCAGAAUGCGGCAGCUAGACUGGUGACUGGGAGUGGCUGCUGAGACCAUAUAACACCAGUCCUUAUAGACCUACGUUGGCUCCCAGUAUGUUUCCAAGCACAAUUCAAAGUGUUGGUGCUGACCUUUAAAGCCCUAAAUGGCCUUGGCCCAGUAUACCUGAAGGAGCUUCUCCAUCCCCAUCAUUCAGCCUGGACACCGAGAUCCAGCGCUGAGGGCCUUGUGGCGGUUCCCUCACUGCGAGAAGUGAGGUUACAAGGAACCAGGCAGAGGGCCUUCUCAGUAGUGGCGCCCACCCUGUGGAACGCCCUCCCAUCAGAUGUAAAGGAAAUAAACAACUAUCUGACUUUUAGAAGACAUCUGAAGGCAGCCCUUUUUAGGGAAGUUUUUUAAUGUUUGAAGUUUUGUUCUGCUUUUAGGCCUCUGUUGGGAGCCACCCAGAGUGGCUGGGGUAAAAAUAUGGGGUGGGGUAAAAAUAAAACAACAACAACAACAACAACAACAUUACAGUUCUGCAUUUCUUCGUUGUUUCUUCAUUAGACCCCCAAAAAGGAAGUGGAAGUCAGGUAGACUAUGCAAGUCUAGCAGUUAAGUUGAGGGCAGGUGAACCAAUGGAAUGUUGAAGGUGUCCACUGGAAAAUAAAAGGGAUGGAGAGAGAUGGAAUUGACCUGCUUUUGGCGAGGUUGGCAGUGGUGAAGCAUAUACCAUGAGUUUUCAAAACUCUUCUAUGCACUCCAUCUGACUUCAUGUUUUCUUCUUACCUUUUCUCACUCUUCAAUGAAUAUUUAUUCUGCUAUCUUAGGAGCUGGCUUCCCAGAACCCACAGUCUGGAUGCAAACUUUUUGGUUCUCCUGAAGGUCCUACCAAAGACCUUCUAUUCAAGGAUUCUGCUGUCAGUCUUCUUCGUGUACCUGAGUUAAUGGAUUCUCAACUCUACCUGGGCUCCCAGUACUGUGGUGCUAUUCGGGCCAUCAGAAAAGGUAUGCAGGAGAUCAGCUGCCAUGGACCAUCAGUACACUGGUGGUACCCAACACUAUUUCUCUGUAUCAUCUGGAACUGGGAAUGGCUGAGAAGGCUCCAGACUGGUGUCUGGAUGCAGUGGCAGGCUAGAUUAGCUUAAUAAACUGAGUCUGAAUCCUGACAAGACAAAGGCUCUGUGGGUGAGUGGUUCUCAGAUCUGGUAAGUUGAGACAUUGCCUGUCCUGGAUGGGAUCAAAUGCAUUUUUUUGGGGGGGGUGUUCUUGGAUCCAGCUCUGUCACUGGAGGUUCAGGUCCCCACAGUAGGUAGAAGUGGUAAGAGGUAUCUCUGCUGGUAUUCUCUACACUCCGGCAGAUGUAACAGCACUGGCGCCAGUUAGGGUUGGACUUUGGGGCAGCUGUCCAGAGCCCCUUGAUGAAGUCACCAGAACUUCCCUCUACCAGCACUUAAUUUGCAGCAUGAUGAGGCAUCAGAACUCCUGGCUAAUUGAGUUUCUCCUUUCUGAUCCUUUAGACAGACCUUCCCCUGAUACCGAAGGGAGGAUCAGGUGGUGCGCAGUGGGCAAGGCUGAACAAACAAAGUGCGACUCAUGGAGUGGAGUGAGCGGAGGCUCCAUAGAGUGUGCUGUGGCAGAAACUCCUGAUGACUGCAUCAUCAAGAUCUUAGUAAGUGCUUCGAGCGGCACACCCCUUUCCCUUGUACCUUGCCACUGUGAGUCCUCACUUGGGUUUCAUUGCUUCCAUCCAGUGUGGUUUUGCUUCUGAGGCUGUGUACACAUCAUGCAUUUAAAGCAUGUUUCCCCACAUGCCCCAAGAAUAUUGGGAACUGUAGUUUUCUAAAAAUUAUUUAUUAAAUUUGUUAGUUGCUUUACAAUAAUUUGUUAGUUGCUUUACAAGCGACUUACAGCCAAAUGAACGGACAUACAAUAAACCCCACAUGGAGACAUUAAAGCCAAGAGGAAAGAGAAAUGCAUUAAAAACAUCCCGCCCAUGUCUAAAAGGCCACAGGUAGUUAAAUAUAAAUGAGAUAGAUAAGAAAAAUCUCUCAUAAAUUAAAAUAUCUUCAUAUGAAGUGGGAAGUCCCACCCAUUUGUUCUAUAGCAGGGGUUGGCAAGGUUUACCUCACCUGGGCCAGUUCACUCCAGCGUGUGGGUUGGAUCGUGUGCAUGCGUGAGUGUGCACCCCCACCAUUUCCGGCGUCUGUGCAGACGCAAUUUCCGGCACCACAGAAGUGAGUCCCCACGCUGUGCCAAUUUAGUGCAGUGCAUGGGGACUCACUGAGUGGGCGGCUCGGUUCGGGGGCAGCUCGGGGGCUGGUUAAAGACCCCCGUGGGCCGCUUGUGGCCCGUGGGCCUUAGGUUGCCGACCCCUGUUCUAUAGCACAGGGAAACCUCUUUGGUUAUGCUGAUCAUUGUACUUAACUCACCAGCCAAAGUCAUUACCUUAAUAAAGGAACCAGUUUGGCAAGAUUGCUCUUACACAUUCUACCUCCACAGAUGAAUUGGAAGGGACUCAGGGAAUCAUGCAGAAUGACCCCUGCCCACUCAGAACACUAUCUUAUCUUUGACCUAUGAAUCUCAGGGAUAUCCAAUAUAGUAAGCUCUGGGUGUUGUUGGACUACAACUCCCAUGAUCUCUUCCCAUUUGCCAUCCUGUCUGGGACUGAUGGAGGUUGUAGUCUAGCAUCUGGAGGGCAUCUUAUUGGGUACUGCACUAUUCUAUUUCCCCACCUCUGCUCCCAAGGAGCUCAAGUGUCAUUUACUGCCUUCCCCUUCCUAAAGGGCUGUGAGAGUACUUUAAAUGUUGGUGUGGACGAUACCAACCGUGUGCAUUCUGUGCUCAGACACAUUGAAACGUUUGGAGGAAACUAGCUUCUGAGUCUUCCCCAUUCUUUCUAGUCAGAGCUCACUAACCUGUGAGCAAGGCUGCAGCCAAAGAAGUUUUAUAUAGUGUUAAUUUCACAAUGUGUAUUUAUGUUCCAGCUUCCAGGCUCAGUGCCUGGAAGGCUGAGAGAUCAAUGUCAAGCUGCAAAAUUUGAAUUCAAAUUACAAGAUUUUAAACAUGCUUCCUAUUAUGCAACAUGGAGGUUGAAUUUUAGAAAGGUCAGCCAAUCUGGUGAUCUCUAGAUGUUUUAGACUAUAGCUACCAGUAUCUCCAGCCAGCAUAGCUGGUAGUCCAAAAUAUAUGGAAAGUAUCAGGUUGAGGAAGGCUUUCAUGGCACAUGCAUAACUACAUGCAGGGCUACUGUUUUGUGGCUUAAGCCUUUUACAGGCUUAACAAUUUGACUGGGAAAGUGCAAGCAUAACAAAAAGAAGAGGAUUUUCUCUAAUACUGGUUAUGUCCAGAUUGUUACAUUUGUAUAUGGAUCUCUUACACAUUUGAGUAGAUACCCGUACAGUCAUACCUUGGUUUUCAAACGCUUUGGGAGUCGAAUGUUUUGGCUCCCAAACAAUCGAAAACCGGCAGUGAUCGUUCCAGAUUUCGAACGUUCUUUGGAACCUGAAUGUCGGAUGUGAAUUCUGCAGCUUCUGAUUGGCUGCAGGAACUAACUGCAGCCAAUCAGAAGCUGCGCCUUAGUUUCCGAAUGUUUUGAAAGUUGAACGGACUUCCGGAAUGGAUUCUGUUCGACUUCUGAGGUACCACUGUAAGUGCUCUUUGCGCAAUAAAAGCACACCUUCAUAAUCCCUCUCCAAAGAAAGCAGGUACAUUGCAAUAAAUAGCAAUGACUGAAUAAUGCCCCUGAGGAACAAAUUUGCUUCAAACCCAAUGCAUGUUUUCUGAUGCCCCCUUUCAUGCAUUGAUGAUGUUGUCUUGGCUAUAUCAAAUAUUUCACAUGUGGAGAAUGUGUUUGCUAUUAGCAUAUCUGAUGUUCUUUGCAGAAAGAUGAGGCUGAUGCCAUAAGCUUGGACGGAGGGUUUGUCUACACUGCCGGGAUGUGCGGUUUGGUGCCAGUGAUGGCUGAAGUUUACUGUAAGUAUGGAAAAUGGCAAUUUGACUCAGUACAGCCCACACUAUCACAAGCACACAUCUGGAAAUAACUUCUGAAACACCUUCAUUGCAGUUCUGCAAGGGGCCCAAUGGGGAUUUUGACCCACAGGCUCAAGGUUUUAUACCAAUUUUGCAUUGUGUUUAUUAUACCUACCUAUGGGCAAGCAUAGGGAUGUGGGUGGCGCUGUGGGUUAAACUACAGAGCCUAGGGCUUGCCAAUCAGAAGGUUGGCAGUUUGAAUCCCCACGACGGGGUGAGCUCCCAUUGCUUGGUCCCUGCUCCUGCCAACCUAGCAGUUCGAAAGCACGUCAAAGUGCAAGUAGGUACUGCUCCAGCGGGAAGGUAAACGGCGUUUCCGUGCGCUGCUCUGGUUCGCCAGAAGCAGCUCAGUCAUGCUGGCCACAUGACCUGGAAGCUGUAUGCCAGCUCCCUCGGCCAAUAAAGCGAGAUGAGCACUGCAACCCCAGAGUUGGUCACGACUGGAUCUAAUGGUCAGGGGUCCCUUUACCUUUAUGGGCAAGCAUAUUGUCACUUCAGAUGAGAGCACAUCACUGUGAAGGUGUGCCAAGCAAUGCUCUGCAUGUGAUUCACUUUUAUUAUAAGUUCUCAGGAAGCAUCUGGUGUUUGUCCCUCAGGUCUGUGACCACAAAUGGCUUUACUCCCAUUGCUAUUAUGGCAUUGCAAAAACUGGGUGGGUUUGGGGCGGUAUUCAAUUAGCGUGUCCCAUCAGGAUUUCUGUUUGCACAACAGAACUCCCCCUCAUUUUCUUCCCCCCACUCACCACCAGACAUACACCCUGCAUCCUCCUCAGAUUUGCCCCAAAGGUUUAAAGGGGGGAGGACAGGGGGAAGCAGAAAUCCUUGUGCUGGCAGAAUGACUUCAUUAGUGCUACUUUGGAUACAACUCUUUGUCUUGGAAUAUUGUGUCCAGAACCUCUUUCUCAUUCUCUUUGUAGCUGACCCUGCCGCAUGUGCCCAUCCAGAAACAGAGACAACAGGUGGGUAACUCUGGGACAUACAGCCAUGGAGAGUAAACCUAGGAUUUAAAGCUUUUGUUCAUUUGUUAAAUCUAUAUCUUACCCUUCCUCUCAAAAGAACCCAGGGCAGAAAACAUGUGAUUCAAAAAACAACAACCCAACACCUAAAAACAUGGAUAAAACUUUCUGUGCAAUGUUUGUUUGAGAGAGAGACAGAGGGAGAGGGUCUAAUAUUAUACUUCCAUUUCAAGCUGUAUUUAUAUAAAUAUAAUUGUAUAUUCAUUCAUAUUUGUUAAAAAGUGGGUAGACAUAGCAGACAACGCAGCGAUUUCUCCAAAGCAGCUCUUUAUUUGUAAGCUGGAACAGAACUGAACAUGUAAAGCUGUAUGGUGAAUAGGGUCAAUUAAUAUGCUUAUGUGCCUUACUGAAACCAAUAAGGGUAUUGCUGUAUGUAAUGGAACCCCUAUGAUUGUAACUAAUGCCUUAUCUCGGUGGGGAGGGGUGUUAUGUAUUGAAGUUCUCACCCUGGCCACCAAGAGUAUUUAUAUAAAUGUAUUUGCCAGCUUUAAAACUCUUUCAAAUCCAUGAAGGGUGUAGGUAGAGACAGUGCCGAUCGGAAGGUCGGCGGUUUGAAUCUGUGCAAUGGAGUGAGCUCCUGUUGCUGUGUCCCAGCUUCUGCCAACCUAGCAGUUUGCAAGCAUACCAGUGCAAGUAGAUAAAUAGGUACUGCUGUGGCCAGAAGGUUAAUGGUGUUUCUGUGCACUCUGGCACUCAUCACAGUGUUGUGCCAGAAGCGGUUUAGUCAUGCUGGCCACAUGACCCGGAAAGCUCUCUUGGCUUGAAGUGAGAUGAGCGCCGCACCCCAUAGUUACCAUUGACUGGACCAGGUCCAGGGGUCCUUUACCUUUACCUUUUUUUUACCUUAUGUAGAGACAGCUCAAGCAGUGUCAAGGAUGAGGGUCCUGCCCCCAGAUGGUCAGAUAGCUCAGAAGGGGAGGGGGAGCCAACAGAGGCAGGUGCCACCUCACCUCCUGAGAAGCCAGCCAAACCAGACCCACCCCUACCCCUGUCUCUUGGGAAAGAGUUUUCCCUGGUGGCUGAGCGGACCUGGCCAGGCUGGUGGUAGAGGGACAGUCAGAAGGUUGGACCACGUUGUUGCUGAAGACACAUUGCUAUCAAUGCAGGCAUGAGCAGAGCAGAGCCAUUCUCUGCUCAGUCUUCUCACUUGGGACAGGAACCUCAUUAGUGAUGGAGCACACUCUGCUCCUUCAUAAGUAGAGCAGGAGGGGUGCGUCAAUUGUGUUGGGACAAUGUUUUAGCUCCUUUUUUUAUUACAUUUAUAACCCACCUCUCUCCCAAGGAGCUCAAAACUCAGGACAUAACAGUGAGCUUACACAAUUCUCCUUCUUGUCAUUUAAUCACGUCUGGUCAUGCAUCCUGGACUCUGCCAGUGUACCCAUUGCGCCUUGUAACCUGAACCCUGAGUGAAGCAGAGAUGCAGCUGAUUUAUUUAAUAAAACUUUCAGGAUUUCCUGAGCCGAGAGUCUGGGUUUUUCAUCUGAAAGUGGGAGCCAGGACAGAGAACCCAGUUUUCAAACUGAUCUAUGAGCAAAGAAUCCUUUUGACUUAUGCCUAUUUUCCAAAUAAGGACACAACAAUAGAGAGGUAGUCAAGACCCUACCCACUCAUUCAUUCAGCAUGUGAGAGAAUUACAAGCUUUAAUGGGCCAACUUGGCUCCCUCCCUCCAUUAAUUAGGGUCUCAUUUGAUUUGAGGUCUUAUUUGAGAUUUUUCUCCCCCUUUUCCUUUCCUGUCUCCAGUAAAGGGCUACACUGCUGUUGCUGUUGUCAAGAAAACUGAUACUGAAUUAAACUGGAAGACACUGAGAGGAAAGAAAUCCUGCCAUACUGGUGUUGAUAGGACUGCUGGCUAUAACAUCCCCAUGGGCUUGCUUUACCAGGAGAACAUUGGAAACUUCAAUAUUAGUGAGUGACCUCAUGUUCACUUAUUUAACUACUUUGCACAUGACUCCCCUUCGGAGCCAAAUGUGGUUAAGUGGUAUACAACCUGUUUAAAUAUGUAAACAAGCCAUCUCACCCUAUACAUUAUGUGUCAGAAACCUGGUGCCUCCUUUCCAAAGCCUGGGAAGCUUCUGCCCGGCUUAGGGAGGGAGGUGCGAUGCUCACAUGUGUGACAUCACCCCCACCCCAUAACCUUUGCAAGCUCACACUUCUGGCCCUAACUGUUCCCCUACGAAAAAAUUCACUGCAUGCCACUGUUUGGCGCUGCUGUUGUCUUUUUAAAAGGGCAGGGCUUUACAUGGCAGAACACCCCAACCAGCAAGGUUGGAGGAGCUGGGAAGGACUAGGAGAUAGACACUUCCACUCGCUCCAACCUCACUAUUUCCUGCAGCACAGUUAGCCAGUGCUUUGCAUUGUUCUGUCCAGCCCAGCACUUUCCUGGCUAUUUUGUUUUAGUUGCAGUAAAAUAUAGCACUGUAAGCGCAACACUGCUAUAAUACUAUUUAAUAAAAAAUGUUUCCCAACACUUUCCACGUUGCUGAAAUGUGUGGUUGUGCACCUUGUGAUAUCUGGCCAGGAUAGAGUGCUGAGAAUCUGCCAUUCCAGUCGCCUGCUUAAGAAUGGCUGAGUACAAAUGUAUGACACUGCCUUUUGGAGAAUACCCUUGGAUUGGCUGGCAAUGUUUCGUUAAUCUAUGGUGGUAAUCCAGAUGGCUGAUAAACCAUCAGAUGGUGGGGAAGAUGCUGGAUCCUGACACAGUCAUGCUUAGAGCAGACUCAUUGAAAUCAUGGUUGACUUAGAUAGUACCUUGAUUUCAGUGAAUCUACUCUAAAUGACUACAUUUGGAUGCAACCAGAAUAUUUUUGGGAUGGGUGGGAUACUUUUAAAGUAAGAUAGCUAGCACAAGACUGAAUUUUUAAGAAGAUGGUGGGGGGAAUCCGUUUUCCUCUAUUCUAUUGGGCAUUCCAAAUAACAAUCCUUUUUUGUGUGCAAAUAUUUCACUGCAAAUAUGAUAUGUGGCCAUCUUACAAGAACAGAUACAGAAGAAUUCCAAGUGACUAUUCCAUGUUCUACUGUCAGGUACAUUCUUCAGCGAAGGCUGUGCUCCAGGAUCACCACCUAGCAGUCCACUCUGCAAGCUGUGCAAGGGCACUGGCACUGGAGGAGCACUCGCUGACAAACACAAGUGCAAAGCUAACAGCAACGAGAUAUACUUCGGCUACAGUGGUGCUUUCCGGUAGGUAACUUGGAUAUUAAAAACAAACUCUUAUUCAGGAGAUGAUAGAGGAAUGAGAGGACCUCUGGAUGGUUAAGUCCAGUAAAAGGUGACUAUGGGGUUGCAGCACUCAACUCGCUUUCAGGCCAAGGGAGCUGGCGUUUGUUCACAGACAGCUUUCCUGGUCAUGUGGCUAGCAUGACUAAACUGCUUUUGGAUCAACAGAAUACCGUGACAGAAACCAGAGCACACGGAAACGCUGUUUACCUUCCCGCUGCAGCAGUACCUAUUUAUCUACUUGCACCGGUGUGCUUUUGAACUGCAAAGUUGACAGGAGCUGGGAAUGUAUUCGUUAUUGAAAGUGGCAUAUACAGUGCAUUAUAUUAGGGGAAAUGGCUUGGAAAAAUGUGUGCAUUAGUAAAAAUUCACACUAAAAUGUGGGUGUAUUUUCAUGGGGACUUAAAAAAUAAUAAUCACAAACUUAAGUUCCCUCCUCCACAUUUCCAUUCUCCACGUAAGACUAGAAAAAUGAGAAACUGAAAGUGACGUUGACAGAUUCACCCAUCCCUACAGAUUUACUAUAUUAUAUAAUCAUAGGAGUUGGAAGGCACACAAAGGCCACCCACGCCAAUCCCAAUCCCACAACCAAGCCAUGGAACCCAGUCCAAAUACCAUGAACAAAGAUACCUUAGAGGUCAGAGCAAAAGAGCUCUAGAUGACUCUUGAGAGUGAAUCCAUCAGCACACCACAGACAACUCAUCUCUUCACAACAGCAAACCAAUCUGAUCUGGAGAGGGAGAAAGUAUUCCUGGUCUCCCAAAAUAGUAGACUCUGAGCAUGAACCAAAAUUGUACCCAUGAGUUUUUCAAAGAGAAAUCUUAAACAGCUGCAGCAACGAGCCAUUCAGUAUUUUGUGUCUAUUAGUCCAUCAGAUGCCUCCUCAGGCCCAGUAUCCUCCUCCUAUUAGUUAUUAUUAUUAUCAGUGCUUUUUUCCCCUUAAAAAAUGUUUAGGGGGACUCUUAUUUUGACUCAAGAAAAUCACCAUUUUAUAGUUCAAAUCAGGAAAAAUAAAUACAGUAAAUGGACAAAAGUACAAAGAGUCACAAAAUGUUUAGGGGUAUGCAUCCCCCUGCGUCCACCCAGAAAAAAAGCACUGAUUGUUGUUGUUGUUGUUGUUGUUAAAGAACAUUUUCAUGAAUUCCCAGGAUUCAUAAUCCUAUGCAGGAUAUAAGCCUUGUUGGUAUUAAUUUUAAAAUUGGCAGGGCAAAGCUCUGCUUAGGAUCCCCCCUUUAUCUCAGGUAUGUGGAGCCUAGAAGCAAUCACUUUGUGGGUACUGAAUUGCAAACUACAAGCUCACAUAUUCCAUGUCAAAACCUGGAUAUUGAAAGCAAGUUUCAAACUAAGAUGUUUUGACUUCUGUCUCAAAGGAGAUCACUGCUCCACCUAGUGGGUGGAACAAAUCAGCACAAAUAACAUUUCCCCCACUUCAAGUAAAGAAUAUUAAUCUGUACUUUUGACAUGGCUAUUAAAUAUACAUCCAGGUAAAUAGCAAAAAAAUAAAUAAAAAUAAAAUCUGGUUGCCAGCAUAUUGCUGUGAUUUCAACAUUACACUGAAUUGGCCACAACUCUUCAGUUCACAGCAUCUCAUCAAAUUAUCAUCUGUGAUUAAUUGCAUCUUUCACUUCUCACUAUAAAUUCUGAAUCCAUUUCAACAUAAGUGAAAAUAUUCAAAUUCAUUUCAGCAGUCUGAUUCGAAGGAAUUGACAAAUGCCACACCAACAUUUUUCUUUUAAUUGUAUUUUCUAGGUGUUUGAUUGAGGCAGGAGAUGUAGCCUUUGUUAAACACACCACAGUCCAGGAGAACACAGAAGGUAUGUGGAAGGUUCAUGCCAGGCCUAAGCAGGAUGCGCAAGGAGCCAUACUCCUGUGGAUUAACCUAACACAAAUUUCACGAAGUGGCCACAGGUUUUAUAGAGAAAUGGAUGUCUAUUUCCCCCAUCACUACAUGCCCAUAAACGUCCCCUGCUCACAAGGGGGAUCCAAGCAGAAUAGCAUCUAAACAGCAAGUCAGUUAGCAAGUCCAUUGAAAAGAAGGGGAAAUUCUGCAUGAGUUACGCUGAGGAUGGCUAACUGCUGGCUCAUGGAAAUGUGGAACCUGAAGCAAUUUAAUUUGGCCCCUGAUGGCUAAACUGUAUUCAAAUUGAAAGGAACAAAGUCCUCAUUUGGAGGUUAAAUUUAUAUGUAAUAUUAUGCUGAGCCAAAGUUCACUAUGAUUGUGAAUACUUACUGCUAGAUGGAAACAUCUUUUUUUUUUAUUAGAGUGCCAACCACUUCCAGAAUGGUAAUGCCAGUCCUAACAGAAGGCUAAGCCAAAGUGUACAGUAGGUUAUGUUCUAGCCAGGCAAAAGCACUUGAUGGUGCAGAGAAAGGCAUGGCCUGUAAAGAGUCCCAAGGGCUAGACAGAGGUUGCUGGGACUUGGUCUUUGGACUGGAAGUUCCAUACGCAUACCCUCCCUAUUCAGUCAUUGUCCUCCACCCAAGCACUCCACAAAAGAGAGAGUGUGGCUGUUCUUGUUGGCUCAGCCCCUGACAACUCAUGGUCUGCCACCUUUGCACGAUUGACACCUGUGAAUUUACAUGAUUGCCUGCAGAGAGAAGCUUUGCACAUACUGUUGUAUUAUAUGGUGGCUUGCAUGAGACUGGGGACCCUGCAUGAUCCGAGCUCCCAGUUACAAGGAAGCCUGCAUAUUGCAACAAACAAGGGCAAUGACAGCUGUUGGAUGCUCUCCUCCUCCUCCUCCUUUUUACAAAAUUUCUUUGCAUACAAUAAACUAAACUCUGCUUUUACAAGCUGUAAAGAAAAGGGGGGAAAGGAGCAGGUAAACUCAGUUGCUUUCACUUGUCACAAUUCUCAUGGAAGUUACAUAAAAAUAUAUCCCCUUAGGCUGUGCCACUGCUAAACCAUUCCUCUUAAAGAAGCAAGUUCCAGUACUACAUGCAGAUACCAAAAUAUAUAAAGUCUUCUUCCCCUGUGUAGACAUUUGCAUCCACCUGUAGGUGUUGGUGGGGUAUGUAACAUCAGGGACAGGGUCACCUGGUGAGUGCUCACUUGACAGAUCCCUGAACAGAACAAUAAAAGCUUUAUAAUCUUUAACAUUAUUUUUUCCUCCCAGGAGAAAACAAACCUGCUUGGGUACAGAACAAGAUGGCUGCCGAUUUUGAACUUCUGAGACCUAAUGGCGAUCGCUGUCCAGUUAAUGACUAUGUAAGAUGUGGUCUGGCCACAGUUCCUACUCAUGGAGUAGUUGCAGCACCUGGGAAAGCAGAGGCUGUCCGUCGUGUGUUACUUGACCAACAGGUGAGGUUUUUUUUGUUGUUUUUUUAAGGGGACUUCCCAGAUCACAACUCACAAUAAAUCUGUUGGCUUGUGAUAGCUUUUAAAAAUAGUAUGUAAAUAAAUCACACCACUUCUGUAGAGGUAGCCACAGUUGGACAAAAUUCUUUGUACAAAAGACACCCAGAAGCAAUCAAGGGAAGUGUAGGAACAGUUUAAUCAUUAAGGAGCGCUCAGUAGGAAGAGAACAACUGUGAAAUGUUUGACGCACCAUUUGGAUGGCAUGUGAUCACCACAACCUUUUACCAAAAAGUGGGUGACCAAAACUUUAACAUGACAGCUAACUGAAUCCUGCUUUUCUUCCUUAAUUACAGGUUUUUUUUGGAAACAGUGGAUCAAGAAAAGGGGAUUUCCAAAUGUUCCAAUCUGAAACCAAAGAUAGCUUGUUCAAAGAUGGCACUCAGUGCUUAGUUAGCACAAAAGAAAAGACCGCCGCUGCUUAUCUUGGCGAGCAAUAUCUGACUGCUAUUGGUGGAUUCAAGAAAUUCGCACCUUCAGGUAUCAAUUAUACACUGGGAUGAAUGACACCAGUCAGCUUCAGGCAAAAACUGGAUUUCAGUUGCAGUCUAGACAGUACUCUCUUAUAGUUGAAGAGGAAGCAUUAUAUUUUUCCUCAUCAAGGCUUUCCAGAUGUUGUUGGAAUACAAAUCCCAUCAGUCCCACCAACAUGAUCAAUGGUCAGGGAUGCUGGGAGCUAUGGUCCAGCAACAUCUGAAGGACCACAGGUUUCACGCCUCUGUUCUGCAUCUUUUUUUUUAAAAGCAGCCUUCCCUGAUUUGGUGCCCUCCAGAAGGUUUGGACUAUAGCUCCUAUCAUUUCUGACCAUCAGUCAUGCCGUCUGGGACACUUGAGAGUUGCAGUCCAGAACAUCUGGAUGGUACCAGGUUGGGGGAGUCUAGUUUAAAGGGCAUUUUAAGUGAGUGGCAAAAAGUAAAUAUCAGUAAGGACCAAUGCUACAUGACCUUUUCAAAAGGCAGUUUCAUAAACUAUAAGUUGUCGUCCCUCCCCCCCACACUUUUGGCUUGUGCACUUUUGUUGUGAAUUUUUAAACAUGUGUGCUCCACUAUAUUCUAUAACAAUUUUGCAAAGCAGAUGUAGUUUUUUCAGUCCUAUAGAAGUUAUGCAAUCAUCCUGUUCCCAAUAUUCUGGAUAGGAAAACUGAAUGAAAUAUAAUGUUAUUAGCUAGCUACACUGUUCAUGCUCCCUUUCCUUCAUUAGUCUGCACAAAACAGACCUUUGAGAGAGUCCAUACCCAUAUUCAAGAUGUGAUAUUACCCGAGGCCUAAGUCUUAGACAAAUUUCCAUGAGAGUAAAAUGGUUUCAAGGGCAUUACGAAACAUUGCCAGAGUUUGUCUGUUUUGGUGUGCUGAUCUUAAACUUUCCUUUUUAUUUCUCUUCUCUUCUUUCUGUUUUUAUGUUACAGAACUCCUUAAGGUCUGCAACUUCCACCAUCAUGAUGUCUAAUGUGAUGAAAAGCAGCUCCUUGUAAUGAAUGAAUAGCAUUGGAAGCACCAUUCUUUCUUGCCUUAACUUGGGGAUCUGUCCAACUGUUUCUUUUCUCCUUAACAUCACAACAAAGUGUGUCCAAGCUUCUCUUUGUAUGGCUUUUUAACUCCUUGGUGUCACUAGUGCAAAUAAAUAAAUAAAAGUAACUCUCACAAGCUAAUUCAUCCUGUUGGCUAUGAUUACUGAUUCCUUUAGGGCAGGGGUAGGGAACCUACAGCCUGCCAGUCACAAUGUCCAUUUUUCAAAUCUACCAGCUACGGUGGCUGCGGCUGAAGUAUAUUGGAAGGCCACACAUUCUCCACCCCUAAGAACAUAAGAAGACCCACUGUAAUAAAUUAUUUUUCCUCUUAUAUUCCAUCAGGGAAUUGCUGUUGUUGAUUUGCUUUUAAUUGGUUUGGGAGUUGCUCCAGAUUGGUUUCGACUCAGGCCAAUAAAGAUUCAGCACUACACC